AUGGCGCAUGAACUGGAGGGUAUUUUUGCAGAGCUAGGUAUCUCUCAGUACCUCGGCAUCUUCCUCGAGCAGGGCUUCGACACAUGGGAGACGAUAUUGGAUAUCACAGAGUCUGAUUUGGACGCGCUGGGAGUCAAGCUAGGACAUCGACGUAAAUUGCAAAGACGAAUUGCCAACUCGCGGGGCCUCGCCCCCGAUGCGUCGCUAGUAUCGCCCACUAGAGCAACGGCUGAGGAGCCGAAACCCGAGGCUCAACGACCAGAGCAACCUCGACCCGAAGUGAAGGACGGCCCUGUCGUUACCAAGCGCAAGUAUCGCCGUCACCCCAAGGUUCGUGCCGACUCUGAACCCUGUUUGUACACUAGUACGUGGCCAUGGCUAAAGAUUUGGCAGCCCGAUGAGAAUGCACCUGAACGGCCGCCGUCAGCAUACGUUUUGUUUUCCAACACCAAGCUCGUUGGAGAGCAUUGGCAAAACUUGACGCCCGGCGAGAAGGAGCCUUACGAGUCUUCAGCUCUCAAGGCAAAGGAAAAGUAUAAUCAUGACUUGGCCGAGUACAAAAAGACCGCAGAGUAUAGGAAAUACAACCUGUACCUACAAGACUUCAAGGCGAGACAAGCCUCUGCCAAUCAAGCAAAAGAAUCAACCAAACGUCAGAAGUUGGAUGUUGGUGCCCGACUGCAGAAUGGCAGUGCGAGUGUGACACCGGGCAGCCUCAGCAGUACCGGCAGCGGCAGCGAGAGCCAUCAGGGCAGCGAACCACCCCCAAAUCGGAAGCAGCGAGUCGGAUCUGUGGUGUCGGUGUCAGAAUCUCAGUACUCAACGGCAGUUCCGACGCCAAUCUCGCACCACCAUGCCACAGAUGACGCUGUACACUCUCCUACCAGUAUACAAUUCGAUCGAGAGAGCCUGCAUUCAGCAAGCCCUCGUGCGUCACAGAGUCGUAGCCGUCGCCCGACAUGGACAGAAAAUCAACUGAUGCCAGAGGUAGUUGGACCAACGACUCACUUGCCUUCGCUGUCGGAUGUAUUCAGCAAUGGACGUGGUGGCAUGAAUGGCGUGUCGAGAUCUCCCGAGGCGAAUGGAUUCGGCAGCUUUGCACCCCCACAGCACCCGGGCACUUCGAUCCCACCACCGUUGAAGCAUGAGUAUUCAUCGACAGGAAGCUCUGCGUCGUCCGGCUCGUAUCCCCGCACGCCGAGUGAAUCUUCGCUCCCGAUUCAUGCCUUGCUGUCCAACAAGCCCCCGUUGGCUUCCCCGUACGAGUUGCAAUCUUCCCCUUUCACAGCAGCCCCCCUGCCGCUCCAGGAUCAGAAGCCAAUAUUCACCGGACAGCUGCAGGGUCCUCAUGGACCUAUGAAUGGUAUACUCAACCACUCUUCGCAUAGCUUUCCGCAGGGGCUAAUGAGGUUUCAAGGUUACCACUCGCCGCCACCUGCGCUGUUGCGCUUCCAGUCGAGUUCCUCAUCCGGAACCGAUGGGUCUAUGGCGUCAUCCCACGCAUCUUCGCACGCGUCCUCCCAAAUCUCACUUGGGGUUGGGGAAAGGAGCGACCCGAAGCUCGACGGAAUGAGUGCUUUGGUCCGAGCGGGCGAGAUUGUUAACCGGCGUGUUCAAUAA